AAUGCAGUGUCAUUUUCCAGUUUACAUAACUUUUGAACUAACUACUGCUUUCCGAUUACGGUUAUAUUAAGCUACUGAACCAGAAGAGCACAGCACACAGUCGUCUGUUGCGAGCUAACAACUGUUACACCCAUCAGAUCGAUUAACAAACGCACAGCCGGCAAUCCAUGGCGACCGCGACGGCAUUCGCGGAGCAUGUGCUCCGCGGGCGGUGGCUCAUGGCGUACGGCUCCUUCCUCAUCAUGUCCGCCGCGGGCGCCACCUACAUCUUCGCCAUCUACUCCAAGGACAUCAAGGCCACGCUGGGCUACACGCAGGAGCAGCUCAACACCGUCGGCUUCUUCAAGGACGUCGGCGCCAACGUCGGUAUCCAUGCCGGCCUCGUCGCUGAGGUCACCCCGCCCUGGCUCGUCCUCGCCGUCGGCGCAGCCAUGAACCUCGGCGGCUACCUCAUGCUCUACCUCUCCGUCACCGGUCGCGUCCGCGCCAGGACGCCACUCUGGCUCGUCUGCCUCUACAUCGCCGUCGGCGCCAACUCGCAGGCCUUCGCCAACACCGGCGCGCUCGUCACAUGCGUCAAGAACUUCCCCGAGAGCCGGGGCGUCAUGCUCGGCUUGCUCAAGGGGUUCGUCGGACUCAGCGGCGCCAUCUUCACCCAGCUCUACCUCGCCUUCUACGGCCCCGGCGGCGGCGGGGACACCAAACCGCUUAUCCUGCUCGUCGGCUGGCUCCCGGCCGCCGUCUCCAUCGCCUUCCUCGGCACCAUCCGGAUCAUACGCGCGCCGCGCUCGCCAUUAGCGGCGCGCCGGGAGUACCGCGUGUUCUGCCGUUUCCUGUACGUGUCGCUGGCGCUCGCCGCGUACCUCAUGGUCACCAUCAUCCUACAGAAGCGGUUCCAGUUCAGCCGCGCCGAGUACGGCGUCAGCGCCGCCGUCGUCCUCUCCAUGCUCCUACUCCCCUUUGCCGUCGUCCUGCGCGAGGAGGCUGCUCUGUUCAAGAACACGCUCGUAGCGCAAGCAGAGGAGCCGGAGCUGUCCUCGGUGACUGUGGCCACGAAGCCGGCGCCAGUGUCCGUGCAGCCCGUGGCUGCCAAGCCGGCGCUGGAGCCUUCGCCUGCCGCCUCGAAGCCAGUGACGGCGAGUGCGAGACUGCUGUGUGCUCUGAGGCCGCCGCCGCGCGGCGAGGACUACACGAUCCUGCAGGCGCUGGUGAGCGUGGACAUGCUGCUGCUGUUCACGGCGACAGUAUUCGGCGUGGGCGGGACGCUGACAGCCAUCGACAACAUGGGGCAGAUCGGCGAGUCACUGGGCUACCCGCAGCGCAGCAUCGCCACCUUCGUCUCCCUCAUCAGCAUCUGGAACUACCUCGGCCGCGUCACCGCCGGCUUCGCAUCGGAGGCGCUCCUCGCACGCCACAGGCUCCCGCGGCCGCUGAUCUUGACCGCCGUGCUCCUCCUCGCCGUUCCAGGCCACCUCCUCAUCGCGUUCGGCGUGCCGGGCUCGCUGUACGUGGCGUCGGUGCUCAUCGGAUUCUGCUUCGGCGCCGCGCAGCCGCUGAUCCUCGCGAGCGUAUCGGAGCUGUUCGGGCUCAAGUACUACUCGACGCUGUACAACUUCUGCGGCACGGCCAGCCCCGUGGGGUCGUACAUCCUCAACGUGCGCGUCGCGGGGCGCAUGUACGACCGGCAGGCGGCGCGGCAGGGCGCGGUGGCCAUGGCGGCAGGGAAGGGGGUGACGUGCAUUGGCGUGCGGUGCUACAAGGAGUCGUUCUUGGUGAUCACGGCGGUGACGGUGGCCGCGGCGGUGGUGACGGCGGCGCUGGCGUGGAGGACCCGGGAGUUCUACGCUGGAGACAUCUACGCAAAGUUCAAGGAAGGAAACAAUACUAGCAGUAGCAAUGGCGUUGGUGAAGACAAGGAAUAGUCGUGACCCUUUUCCUUGUUUGGCUAUGAACCGCAGUCGAGUACAAGUUAGAAUAAACUUUCACGAUACAGAAACACGAAUUCUGUGCCUAAAAUGUGAAUCCUUUUUUCUUCAGAAAUG